AUGCCAACCGCCUUGAGGCAAGAGGUGGACUUGGUGUGCCUGUUGGAACAGCCGAUCGUGGCGUACGUGUAUCUCCUUUUGUACUUGAAGGCGUCGGAUUUUCUUCUCCGCUCCACAAUGCCGUUAUCGGAUGACCUUAACUACUAUGACUCGAUCCUCAGCUCGCGCAUGUCUCUCGGGGUUUACUUUGUCCAGCACCUUCCGCAAAAUGCGUUCCGUCUUUUGCGCACGAUCUAUGCAGACUUCUAUCGAAACCUCGGAGUGCUCUCCUUUUCCAGCCCCGAGCUCGGCGCCUAUCCGCCACCUGCAUGGCUUCCUGAGAUCUACCACCGCCCGUUCGCACAGCUCGCUCACUGGGCCCAGACGUUGGCAAGAUCCGUUUCAGAGCACGUACGCAAGGUCAACCCGGCAUACUCAUUGCUCUGGAUGAACAAGAGCUUUCACACGUUUGGCGGAACUGGUCCAAGACUCCAACGGCCACUCAACUAUGUGCGGUUCGUGUUGGGCUUGCCAUUUAUCGCGAUCACGAAACAAGCGGGUGAGAAAAGGGGGGCCUUGCUCCGCUUGCAGGAGACUAAUGUGAGGAAGCUUGGGGCAUUGAUCAGUGAGUUGCCGAACUUUGGGAGUAUUGACCUCAGGGAGUGGGGGGUGGAAAGCCAGAUAGAGGGGGAAUUCCAGGAACGCGUUCGGAAUCUGGCGGCUACCCUGGCUCUCCCUCUUUUGGUGUGCGCCAAACUCUCGACCCUUAUCCGUGAGACCAUCCCCGCGGCUAAACGACACACAGCCGUGGUCACAAAACAUACCCAGCAGCCAGGGUUCCUCACACGCUUCUGGCCGCUUCUUGCGGCGUGCCUCCUCUACGGGCCAUCCACCACCUCGAACCUCAUUAGCAACCAUGACGCUAUUGCAGAGUGGCUCAGGCUCAACGUGGUGGAGACGGCGAUCGGGUUCUGGCGAAACUGGAUCCUCCAACCUCUCAACAACAUCUUGGGAACCAUCCGCCACGAUGAGAACUCCCGAAUCGCGAUCGCGUCCCAGAGCUCGCUUGAAUCAGACUUGGAUUCGCUCCAGCGCAUGGUCAUCGAUUACGUUGUAGACCAGAACCCGACCGUGGGCGAGCUGGAAGUGGCCGAGCUCCAACGGUUGGUGCAGCAGGGUGACUUGACGCCGUUCAUGAAAGACUACGAGACUCAGUUGAAGACCCCCAUCAAGGGCUUGCUCCAGGGCAAGCUUGUACGCUCGUUGCUCAUCCAGGUCCAGAAGACAAAGGUCGACGGGGGCAUGGUGAUUGGUGGUAUCGACAAAUUGUUAAAGUCGCAGGAAUUGGUGUUUGGGAUCGUGGCCGCUUCGCCUGCUGGGUUUUUCUUGCUCUGGUUGUUGAACCACGUGAACUCAUACUUGAAGAGGGGUGUGGUUUCGCUCAAUGCGACGCCCCACAAGUUGCUCGUGAGCUACACCUUGAACAAUAUCCAGCGUUUGCUUAGUCUUUCGCAGGUGGAAGGCGACGUUUCCAGUCGGUACUACAUCGAGGGGAGGUUUUUGAUCGACAUUAUCGCGUUACGGAAGAGCGGGCUGAAGUUGGUGCCAAAGUUCCGCAAGAACGAAUGGAUGCGUGACUUGAACGACUUGAACAAUCCAGAGUUGGGGGUUUCCGUUAGAUUGAUCACCGUCCAGCGGAUCUGGAAUGUCUACGGGUGUUAUCUCAAGUAG